UGCUGGGCCCACAGUGUGACCUGGGUCCCUGUACCGCCUCCCAUUGCUCCCACUCUGCCAUGUGCCACUUUGAGGUCUCCUCACACUCCUGCGGUUUUCCAUUUUGUCAUAGGUUGCUGGCAGAUUACAGGCCUCCCAUAGGUGCUGCCAGGCCCCAAAUCUGCCAUGGGCCCCCGUACCGCCUGGUCACGCUGCUGCUGGGCCCACAGUGUGACCUGGGUCCCUGUACCGCCUCCCAUUGCUCCCACUCUGCCAUGUGCCACUUUCAGGUCUCCUCACACUCCUGCUGGUUUCCAUUUUGUCAUAGGUUGCUGUAUGGCCUCCCACCUCCACCGCCACACUGUGGCUCCAAACACUGGUUUUGGCCCCGUGACUGGCCAAAUGAGUGA